GUUUACGCGAUCCACGUAUAACAUAUAUGCACUCAACACGUGUCUACUGACAAGCAGUUUAGUUUAGAACGUUUGAUUAGAGCUCCGUUAAUUUGUAAUCAAAUAUUAUUUACAAUAUGAAAACCUUAAUUCUACUUUCCAUUCUAUUUCUAAGCACUUAUGUUCAAUCUGUCGAGAUCGAUAACAAAUUUUUAAAAUGUUUAGUUUGCAGAUCGACCGUGAACGAAAUCGAAGGAGAACUGGGAAAAAUUGAUCCCUCGAAGAAAAUUGAAAUAGGUAAUUACAGAUUAGAUGCAGAGGGGAAUAUUCAUCAAAAGAAGAUACCUCUUGCUCAAUCUGAAAUACACAUAUCCGAUGUAUUGGACAGUAUUUGUGACAAAAUGUCGGACUAUGUAAGAGCAACGUAUAAAUCAAAUGGUCAGUUGACGAUCCUAAAUCUGAUGGGUCCGUCUGGCGGUAUGAAUCCUGAAAUGUCCAAAGUCGAUAUCAUUCAGGACGGCGACAUGAAUAAAAGUUUAAAAUAUAAUUGCGAGGGAUUAGUAGAAGAGUAUGAAGAUUCUAUAAUUUCAUUGUUCAUGCGUAAGGAAAAUAAUAUCAGACAUCGGUUGUGUACGGGCAUUACAAGGUCGUGUAAUCCUGCAGAUUUUGCUCACGAAGACAAAGACGACGAUGAUGUUUAUAAUAAUAUUAUUUUUGACGAGUACUAAUAUAUUUUUGAUAUUAAAAAAAUAAAUGCAAUGUGUUAUUUAAAUAAUACUAUAUGUUUCAAAAUGGUACAAAGU